CUUAUUAGUUUUCAAUAAAAAAUCAUUUUGGUAAAGAAAUGUCGUAACGAUAAGAUGCAACAUCUUUCGCUAAAUUGGCUGAAGGAUCAAGUAAACGGAUAUUCUUAAUAUCUAUUAAUAAACAAUUUUUAUAUAAAAAUCUGCAUUUAUAAUAGAUUUAGAAAUGUGAACGAUUAAAAAACCAAACAAGAAUUCUGCAGCAUAGUUGUUUAUUUAGAAAACUUUCCGUAUUCCGUAAUGGAUGUUAAGAUGCAAUGCUUUUACAAUGUUAUUGUUUCUUUUAUAAAGUGGGCACUUCCUUCUUAUUCUUGAAAUAGACAUAAGGUGGCAAAAUUUUCCAAUAAAUUUAAACAGAGGUAAGUGUUUAAAAAUCUCAUUGUGUCUUUGUAGAGAUACACACAUUUUGGCUGCUGUCUCUCUUGCAAAGUUUUCUUACUCUAUGUUAUGGUAAUAAAGAAAUAUUUUUUAAACGACUUUUAAGGGCUUAUUUUAUGUUGAUCAUGUUUUCACUUGAAAAAGGUAUUUAUUCAGAAAAAUUGGUAUAAUAUAUUGUUGCGGAAAUCCCAAACCCAGUUCAUUACAAUUAAUAAAGUCCCAAAUAAUAAAUUCCCUAGAAAGGGAAACCCCACAGAAAACGAUUACCGGGAAAGUAGGUUAAAGGAUUAAAAAUGAAACCAUGGACUUAGGUAAUAGUAACAUACUUCUAAAAAUGUAUAUAAGCAGACUAUUUGCGGAAGACAGAGUCAGUCGGACAAGAACCUUUGAGUCGAGAGAGAAUAUUUAGGUUGAGAAGUCGAGAGUACUGCCAAAGUAAAAUGUACAUAGUUCUAUCCUUAAACAAAAUGACUAUAAAUAAAAGAGUCUUGUAGUCCAUCAUUUUGUGCAACUUUCUCAUCUUCUUGGCAAUAUGGCCAAAUCGUGAAAGAAAUAUAUUAGUUUGGAAGCGAUCCACCCAUCGACCGUUUUCGCAUUUCCCUAGGAUUUUGCAACCGCGUGCCAGCGAAGAGAUAUUGUAUCCAUCUGAACAAGUGACAAUCAGGCGCUACUUCUGGUCAGUACGCUUCCUAAGGCAUAACUUCAGAGCCUUAUCAUGCACGAGAAUGACUUUUCGUCGGUCAGCCGAUAUUGCUGGUCCAACAAUACGUCAUUCUAUUUGAUCAAUUGACGUCGGCAGACGUCUGCAGUAAAAGUUUCAGCUCGGAAUAUACUACACCUUGCUCAUCCCACCAUAUGCACAGAAAAACUUUGUGACCAUGAAUACUCCGCUUCGGUGUCGAUGUGAAUGGCUCUACUGGACUAAACCAUGACCUUUCGCGCUUGGGAUUGUCCGCUUUCAUCGCCAAUCACAAUACGCCACAAAAACCUCUUCUAUUUUUGCCCAACAAGCUAUGAAACUGUGAUGGUUGAACGACUAGAAAUGGUAUUUUCAAUAAUUUUUUCUGAUAGUCAUUUUCCCCGGUCUUGGGAUCUCUCUGUUUCUUUAAUGUCGAAAAGCGAAUGGAAAAUCGUUAUGUUAGAUGGAGAAAUAUCAAAACCAUCGAAUAGAACCGUUGUGUACGUUGACACUUUGUCCUCGUUCACUUUCACCAAUAGAUGUAGCUGAUCAAAAUGCAUGUAAGCGCUUAUUAAUAUCAUAUAAGUUGAUCCAACCUUCCUAUUGAUUAGUUUGGCUUUGAUCUGAAGAUUGUUUUUAGCGGAAAAUUUUAACUUGUGUAUGAAAAAUAUCACUCGUAAUAAGGUAUUAAGAAUGUAUUGAUUUCCGCCAUGGUUAACAUACAAAGGUAUACACAAUUUAUGAAGUGGUAAAUAAAUAUGUAAACAACAUUAGUGAGAUAGUAUUUUUAUAUCUAAAGUCAAGGCAUUUCAAUUCGUUCAUGUUGUAUAUAUUGUUUUGCACUUGUCAUUUGUUUUUAUUAAUUUUUUUAAAACGGGACACUUACAAAAGUGCAAGGAUUUGGGCAAUCGCAUGGUUAUGCGCCUUUGCCACAAAUGUCGUACUCGCGAGAAACGAAUCCACAACUUGAUUAUACACAACAGCAAAUAUCUCAACAACCUGGUAUGCAACAAUUCUACAAUAAUGGUUUUGGUGGGCCGUUCCAACCAGGUUACGGUCAAUUGCCAGGACCGAUUGUGACUCAACCCGGAGUUCAGCCAGUACCCGGCCAGCCCACGGCUCAAUCAAGCGAUUGGAUGAUUAUGCCAGCUGGCAUACCGAAUUGUCCGCGAGGCUUGGAAUACCUUACGACUGUCGACCAACUUUUAGUUAAACAAAAAGUUGAACUAUUGGAAGCUUUUACCGGUUUCGAAACCAAUAAUAAAUUUUCGAUAAAAAAUGCACUUGGUCAAAAAGUGUACUAUGCCGUGGAAGAGAACGAUUGCUGUACGCGCAAUAUGUGUGGGCCAUCUCGUCCAUUUGACAUGAAAAUAUUUGAUAAUUAUCGUAACGAAGUAAUCCAUAUGCAUCGUCCUCUAGCAUGCUCUAGUUGCUUAUGUAUGUGCUGUUUACAAUCAAUAGAAGUAUCCGCUCCGCCAGGUAAUGUUAUCGGAUCCGUUGAACAGGAAUGGUCGAUAUGCGCUCCAUCAUUUCGUAUUAAAAAUCAACUUGAUGAAGUCGUUCUGCGCAUUGAGGGUCCAAUUUGCACAUUCUCACUAUGUGGUGAUGUGGAAUUUAACAUCAUGUCUCUAACUGGCGAAAAUAUUGGUAAAAUUUCUAAGCAAUGGUCUGGCUUGGCACGCGAAAUAUUUACAGAUGCAGAUUUUUUCGGUAUUACGUUCCCAUUGGACUUGGAUGUGCGUAUGAAAGCAGUACUAUUAGGAGCAACCUUUCUUAUAGAUGCCAUGUUCUUUGAAAAAUCCGGAAAUCGCGAAACCGACAGGCCAGGCAUGCUUUAAGUUUCCUAACUUAAGAUCAUGGAUUGAACAAAGAAAAUUAUAAUAUUUGCCUAUAAAAAUACAUUAAGAAAAAGUUGAACACAAAAUAACAAGUUAUCUUAAAAAUUAAUAUACCCGAUAUAUCUUUACAAUUACAUAUACAAUAACCG